AUGGAGGCCAACCGCGAGUCCGCGAUUGACGCGCUCACCAAGGCCCGCGCGGGACGCGGGCGACCACGCGAGCGCCGUCCGCCUCGCGGAGAAGAGCCUGCGGAUCUGCAAGACGGAAGAGGCGCAGGCGUUCCUCGACUUUGGGAGGCGGAGGCGGCCGAGAAGGCGGCCGAGAAGGCGCUCGAGGCCAAGGGGCGGCGCGAGCAGCGCGAGCGGGAGGCGGCGGCGGCGGCGCGAGAGCGCGAGCAGGCGGCACGCAGGCGCGAGGCAGAGCGAGUGGCGGACGAGGCGCGCCGGGCGGCGGACGCGGCGGCGCUGGAGGAGCAGAGGCGAGCCAUUGCGGCGGAGGCGGAGGCGAAGCUAGCCGCUGAGCGCGCGGCAGCAGAGGAGGUGCUGCGGGCGAGGGAGGCGGAGAGGCGAGCAGCAGAGGAGGCGCAGCGAGAGGAGCAGCGGGCGGCCGCGGCGGCGCGCAAAGCCGCUCAGGCAGAGGCGGCGCGGCGCGAGAAGGAGGCUGCGGACAGGAGGGCGGAGGAGGAGAAGGCGAGGCGGCGCGCAAAGGCGGCGGAGGCAACGGCGGCCAAGAAGGAGGCCAAGGCGAAGAAGAAGGAGGCCAAGAGGGCGCCGUCUGCCUUAACGCUCGAGGAGGAGCGGAGGGCGCGGGCUGCGGCAGAGGUUCGCGCACAGGAGGAGAGGGCGGCGCAGCUGGCUGCUGAGCAGGAGUCGGCGAGGCGGGCGGAGCGGGAGGCAGCAGAGCUAGCGGGUGCGGCGGAGCGGGCGGCGCUGCGCGAGGAUGCGGAGCUGGCAGAGGCGCUGCGCCGGUCAGAGGCGGAUGCGGAGGAGGCGCUGGCGCGUCGGGUGUCGCGGUGCGAGGAGGCGGUGAGCAGCGAGUCGACCGGCGGCGGCGGGGACUUGCCGCGGCGUGUCGAGCGGCUGGAGGCGAGCAUCGGCGCGGCGACCGAGGGCAGCCUCGAGGAGCGGGUCGGCGCCAUCGAGCGCUUGAUCGGGUCAGAGGCAGGAGAGGCGGUACAGGCAGCAGAGAGGGCACAGGUGGCAGCGGAGCGCCUUGUACCAGUCACUAAGGCGUUUGCAACCGUCUCUCUGCAGGACGCAGCUCAGCCCCCUGAGCCGGCGUCAGAGAGCGACGUCCCGCCCGAGCUGCAGUGCCCGCUCUCCUUCGAGGUCAUGACGGACCCGGUGAUGAACGCGGCUGGCCAAACCUACGAGCGGGCGGCCAUCGAGAAGUGGUUCGCGAGGGGCAAGCGCACCGACCCGAUGAGCGGCGCGGUGCUAGAGCACACGCGCCUAGUGCCGAACGUGCUCGUGCGCGGAAUGUGCCGCAAGUACGCCGCUGCGUGA